CCAGUGGAAGCAUCACUCAGGUAGUAAAGGGGCAGAUCCGAGGACCAGAUACGAGCAACUGAGGGGCUGCUUAGCUCACACCCCUCGGGUUUUUCUCCAACGGCGCCUCGCUGCCUCAGCUCGGCUCUUCCUGGGUGAAAAUCAUGGUGGCUAAAAACAGAAAGCAGACCGGGAAGAGUCCAGCGACCCAGACUGACCGCGACAAGAGCCCGCUUGUUUCACCCCCUGGCAAAAGUAACGUUAGGCGAGCAGGCAGGGAGGGCAAAGCUUUCAUCAGCUCCCAUUCAAACGGGCUCUCCGGCAUCAGACACAAGCUGGGGCUAACUCCCUCUGCGCUGGUGAAGCUGGGAAUCACUCUUCUCCUCGCUGCUCUGACUGGGUAUCUCCACUGGCAUCAUCUCUCACAGCUGUUUGAGAAUGACAGACACUUCUCACACUUGUCAAACCUGGAGAAGGAAAUGGCUUUCCGGACAGAAAUGGGUCUGUAUUAUUCCUACUACAAGACCAUUAUCGAGGCUCCCUCUUUCCUGGACGGCCUCCACAUGGUCAUGAACGAUCGGCUGACAGAGUACCCCCUGGUUAUUAACACGCUGAAGAGAUUUAAUCUCUAUCCAGAGGUGGUCCUGGCCAGCUGGUACCGGGUGUACACAGGUGUAAUGGGAUACUUAGGCAUUCCCACGAAGAUGUGCUGGUCCAUCAACAGAGGAGAGGGACUCACUCCUGUGGACAGCUGUGAAGGGAUGGGUGACCCGGCGUAUUUCUACGUGACCUGUGUGUUCCUGCUGAACGGCGCGAUGAUGAGCCUGUUCUUCAUAUACGGCGCCUACCUCAGUGGGAGUCGACUGGGUGGCAUAGUUACCUCGAUGUGUUUUUUCUUCAACCACGGCGAGAGCACUCGUGUGAUGUGGACUCCGCCGCUGAGGGAGAGCUUUGCCUACCCCUUCUUAGUCCUGCAGAUGCUCCUCCUCACCUACAUCCUACGGACACGGAACCCGAGCAGGACAGCCAUGGUCGCCCUGGGCAUCUCCAAUUUGUGCUUUAUGCUGCCUUGGCAGUUCGCCCAGUUUGUGCUGCUCACUCAGGUGGCUUCUCUGUUUGCGUCUUACAUCCUGGGUUACCUCGGCGCCGCUAAGAUGCAGUCCAUCCUGGUCACUCACAUGAUCACUCUCGGCGUCUGCUUCGUCCUGAUGUUUGGCAACUCCAUGCUGCUCACGUCCUUCUACGCCUCCUCACUCGUCUCCAUCUGGGCAAUCAUUGCAGUGAGGGAUCGAUUUGCUCAAGUCUUCAAACCUGGCAUCAUCAUCUGGGUCAUGCAGGGUUUGGCUUGGGUCGGCUCCACGGUGUUGCUGAAGUUCAUGCUGUCCACAGUGCUCUGUGCCUCAGAUGAUGCUCACAUCAGUGGACUGAUCAAGUCUAAGUUCACGAGCUACAAGGACUUCCACACUCUGAUGUACACGUGUGCUGCAGAGUUUGACUUCAUGGAGUUGGAGACGCCUAUACGUUACCUCAAAACGUUGCUGCUGCCCAUCAACAUGCUGGUGGUCGCUCUCAUUGCUGGGAGGACGGUCCAGGAUAUAGUCCGGUUCCUGAGGGACGGAGGGAAGACGUCUGUGAAGCCGGACGAUGCUGAUGAAGCUGCAGGGUCUGAAAUAGCAGCAAAAGGAGAGCUGGUGUACCACAGUCUGCAGCUGGUGGCGUUUGCUGUCCUGGCCGUCCUCAUCAUGCGUCUGAAGCUCUUCUUGACGCCCCACAUGUGCAUCAUGGCCUCGCUCAUCUGCUCCAAACAGCUGUUCAGCUGGAUCGGGGAGAGGUUUAAACACCAGGUCGCGGUGUUUGCAGUCAUGGCCAUCAUGGCCAUACAGGGAGUGGCCAACCUGCAGGCCCAGUGGGGGAUCAUCGGAGAGUUCAGCAACCUGCCGCAGGAGGAGCUGUUGGACUGGAUCCAGGAAAACACCCGCCCUGAUGCUGUGUUUGCCGGGGCCAUGCCCACCAUGGCCAGCGUGAAGCUUUCCACAGGUCGGCCCAUCGUCAACCACCCCCACUAUGAAGAUGCUGGUUUGAGGGAGAGAACUAAGCUGGUCUACUCCAUGUACAGCCGCAUGUCUGGAGAAACAGUAAAGGGGAACCUGAUGAAGCUGGGGGUGGACUUCUUCGUCCUGGAGGACUCCUGGUGCACCAGGCGAACCAGGCCUGGGUGCAGCAUGCCAGAGAUCUGGGAUAUUGAGGAUCCCCAUAAUGUUGGUAAAGUCCCCCUCUGCACCCACAUGUCCAGGAGCUCACGACCCCACUUCACCACAGUCUUUUCCAAUGACAUUUACAAAGUUCUCAAAGUCCCCAAAGCCACUAAAGAUCUCAGAUAACACAGCGGGACGGACUGGUUCAGCAACAACCUUGUUGUUCUUUCCACUAUUUUUUUUUUGUUUUGUUUUUUACAGGUUUUGAUCAGUCACUGCCAUUGCUGCUUUUUACUCAAACCCCCACGGCUCCCCUUAUUUGCAGUGCUCUGAUUCGUUGAGCGGUGGACACGCCAAAACAGUUUGCGAUGAGUCUCCACUCGUGGUGCGCUCAUGGUUCUCAGUAUUAAAGGAACUCCCUGUUCCCCACAUUUUGCCAGUCAUCCUUACUGCUGCGUCUUUGUUAUCCAGCAACGUUCCCAUCACGUCCUGUUGGUGCCCAAGUGAAAGCCAAAAGGUUUCGUAGCUCUUCAUUUAGUUUGUUGCUUUGGUUCUGUUCUAUAGAAUCUUUAGUUUAAGAAACAUCGUCCUCAAACAGAUGCUGUUCAUACAUCAGUAUUGUUUCUAACUGUGUCGAAUUCAUUUUCUUUGACUUUGGCUUAAGAAGUACAUUUUGUCUGGCAGGACCAAUCGAUGAUGUCCACAUACUGUGAAGCAAUACCCUUUGCAAACUUGACAAAAGCUGACUUCUUCUAUUGUUAUGCACAGUGUUGAUCUCUGAAAAGAUUUUUCACUAGUACACUAUUUUUAUAAUUUAUUUGCGUGGGUACUUUUUAUGCAAACUUCAAGGUGUGGAGAUAUUUUCUUUAGAAGCCAGCGGUGUUUUAAGAGUUUUUGGAAUCACAGGGGGAAAUUCUGUUCUUGUGUUUGGAAGCUUUUAAAAAUCUUUUUAAUACAUAUCAUUCAGCCUCAGCGUCCAGAUGGAAUCCACUCAAGAAUUUUAACAAAAUUUCACAUUGUAGAAAAGCUUUUUCUUCUUUAUUCAGUUAUAAAGUGGCAGAAAAAAAGGCUUUUUAGACCUUCUCUAACUGUGCUCUGUAACUUUCUUUUUGUAAAUACCCAAACAGUUGUUUUGUAAAAUACCAAUGUACAGCCUUUAAAAGGUUCUUUUUGUUCCUUCAAUUAUUGUUUAUUGCCAAAGGAAGUCUUGUUAUUAAAGCUGCAUAUUCGGGGUACUGUAGCACAUGACAGAUGUGUUUUUAGUGAUGGAGAACCGUCAGUUUGUGACUUCUAUAACAGUCAAUCCAAACUAUUUGUAGCAGUGGAUUUUAUGUAAAUGGUAGCAGUCGUAGGUUUCUUCAGGUUUCUGGUUUCCGGAUGCAUCAAUGACCGUUCAGUAUUUUAGGAAAUACACUUACAUGCGUUCUUGCUGCGCGUUAGACGAGAAGUUUGAUAAAACUGUCCAGUCUUUAUGGUAAAUAUGAAUGUUAGCAUAGCUUAGAGAGUGAGUGACCUCACAUGGUGCUUUCGUAAAUUCAGUGUGACGCUCUACACUAAAAUGAGAGCCCUGUUGGUCGAAGAAAAGGAGCGUUAUAUUUCUACAUGAAUUAACAAACGGUGAAGCUAAUGUCUUUGGAGAAUUGUUUUGCCUCCAGCUAAGCCCCGCCCACCAAACAACAUCAUCCUGUUUACUAACAAUAAAAGGGUCUAUAAGAAAUAGGUCAGCUCAAUAAAACCACAAUUUCUAUUUUUACUUUGAUUUUUGGACCAAUUAAACAAAUGAGAAAUAAGUAUGUUAAUUAAUGAUCUUGUAGGCAGAUUUUGUUACUGUUGUGGUGAGUCAGGCUAGCUGUUUCCCCUUGUUUCCAGUCUUUAUGCUAAGCUAAGCUAGGGGCCUGCUGCCCUUAGCUUCACAUUUAAUGGAUAGAUAUGAGAGUGGUAUCGAUCUUCCCAUCUGACGUUGGUCAAGAAAGGAAAUAAGUGUAUUUGUAUUGAAACACGAUUCCUAUAAGAGGGAGGAGUCGUCAUGUUGGAGGAGUAGCAACGGUGAGAAUUUAAGGAGCGACCACACAGACAUUGAGCGGUUUCUGUUACAUGUUUACUCCUCCGACAUGAUGGCAUGUCCUUCACAGUUAUUGGUAACUACUUCUCAAAUAUUCUGUGAUGGGUUUUUCAUUUCUUAAAAAGGCUGCAAGUGUCUCUCAGCUUUAAUGUUUUUUUUUGUGUAUGAACUUGUAACAGGUUGAAAUCAUUUUGGUACAACACACCUCAGUGCAGGUGAUUUCAAGGAGCAGGCACCAGAAUGAGAUCAAAGUCCUGCUGUGGUGAGAUUAAAAGUGCCGGAGCGAGCGGUUGAACAAAUCAUACGGUGCACAUUUAACCUGUGACAUUUUGUCCAUCUGAUUUCAGAGCUGUUUGUUUGUGUGCUACUCGUACGAAGACUGAGGUUUCAUGGUGUAGAAGUUAUCUUGUUGAGUCAAGUGCCCGUUUUUAAGGAGUGGGGCUGUCGUCACAUUUCUCAAAACACUUGGACGUAAAUAGUUUAUUCCUGUCGCAGGCCUAAGUGUGUAUCAGAUGUCUUUUAUAAUAUUUGUCUAUUUUGUCUGUAUUUUAAAAAAUAAAAUGUUUGCCAUCAGAA